UUUGCUUUACAUUCUUUUAAAUACAACUGCGCUCACCUCUUACCCGCCAAGUUAAGGGCCAGGAAAAUACUUUUCUUGCCUUACUUUGCUUCCCCUUCCUUUCUUUUUUCUGCGUUCUGUCGAGCUUCAUUCAUCCACUUAAAACCAGCAUGGUUUUAUUCUUGAUUUCCCCAUUAGUCUACAUUCUGAAUGGUGAGCAGUUAUUCUGUGUUGUAAAGUGUUAGUGCAAAGAGGGUACAAAAACAUGGGGAGUGGCAGAAGAGCUUUGAGGGCUCUAUUGGGAGCUAUUUUGUUUGUGGGGGUUAUUUGGUUCUUAUGUGUUGGAAUUUCGGCUAACCAUGCUACAAGAAUGACAAGAAGAGCUACAGUUGUUUCAACUGGAACUUUCGAGCAUUCAAUAUUGAUUGGAAGAGGAAGGCAUCCUCGUCAUAAGGACUUGGAUCUCAAUUAUGUGAUCAAGAGAAGAGUGCCUAAUGGACCUGAUCCCAUUCAUAACAGGAGAGCAUCUCAAUCUCGGCAACCACCUGGUCGAUCCUGAAUCACUGAAAGUCUUUGAACUAUGUGCAAGACAAGAUAUAUAUCAGAUAUAAAUCAGGUGUAUAUUCUCAGCAGAAAUUGUUGUAAUUGGCAUGGCCAGAGGCUGAGACUGAGGCUGAUUUGGUACUCUUGAGUGCACAUAUAUUUAUAUUGUGGAGUUUGUGGAGUGAUUAUUACUUUGAUAUAAAUUUUGUUGAUCGUCCCUUGAUUUCUCAACUAGGCAUACGCUAUAUACUUAAUAAGCAUCAUCUAUUAUACUAUACAUCAGGGUUCCAAGGAUUCAUUGGUUUUGCAAGAAUCAGAACGAAAACUAUUAGAAGGAUUGAAGUUUUGGGAUAUGUGGGUGUGCCUUGCUUAAUCAUAUUUUGUGAAGGAUAAGAAGGAUCGUGGAUAGGGCUGUAGUUUUCAAGGAAAAAAGAGAAAAAAAAAAAUGGAACAGAGUCCAAGAAAGGUUCUAGUAUCCGUACGUUAUUAGUAGGGGCUUGUAACAUUAUAGUAUUCAGAUAUCGUCCUUUUGUUGGAUUGAUUUUUCUCCUUUCAAAGUUGCUUUGUGCUCCCCAACUAAAGUAUUUGCCCAUUAGCUAAAGUUGCUCUUUAGUCGAAACAUAAUGUUUUCCCCUCCUUGAAUGGUGCAAUGGUAAUGUAAAA